AUGGAGUUUGGUACAGGGCCCAUGAUAUGGUUAUGGGUUGUAAUUCUAACGAUCUGCUGUAUCCAACAGAAAGCUUCAAGUACAGAAGCUGUAUCUGAAAGAGUCACCAUCAUCCCACCAUUGACAAAAAAGCCAGUUAUAACAUCCUUCAACACAGCUCAUAAUGGGCAAGUCUGCAGUACGUGGGGCUUCUUUCACUUCAAGACAUUUGAUGGCGACAUCUAUACUUUUCCUGGUGUUUGCAAUUAUGUCUUUGCCUCUCAUUGCAAUGCACCUUUUGAGGACUUCAACAUCCAGAUUAGGCGCAAAAUAGUGGGAUACACUCCCACUAUCAGCUAUGUCACCAUGAGGUUGGAUGGAACAGAUUUUCAAAUGCAGAAGGAUGAAAUUUUGGUGAAUGGCAAACGGAUUCAGUUACCUUACAGUGGAUCUGGAUUCGAAAUACAGAAUUUUCUCAACUACAUUAAAGUGAAUGUUAAAAUGGGCUUAUCCCUAAUGUGGAAUAAAGACGACUGUGUAAUGCUGGAACUUGAUAAAAAAUAUGCCAAUCAGACCUGUGGACUCUGUGGAGAUUUCAAUGGCAUUCCAAAGUACAACGAAUUUUAUUUAGAGAAUACCCCCAUGACAGACUUACAGUUUGGGAAUACAUGGAAGCUGAAUGGUCCAACAGAAGACUGUGAGGAUCCUAUACCAUCUGCUCAGAAGAAGUGCACUGAUGAAUAUGAUACUUGCCGGAAAAUACUGACUGGUUCUUCAUUCUCUGAAUGUAAUGAUAUUGUAGAGGUGAAUAGCUAUAUUGAAUCUUGUGCAGAUGACUUGUGUCUCUGUGAGGAAGUUGAAAAAUUAUCCUGUCUCUGUCACACUUUUGCUGAAUACUCUCGGCAAUGUGCUCAUGCCGGUGGCCGUCCUCAAAACUGGAGAAGCCCAGAACUAUGCCCAAUGUCAUGCUCUUUUGGUAUGCAAUAUCAAGAAUGUGGAUCACCUUGUGCAAACACUUGUACCAAUUCUGAAAGAGCUCAUGUCUGUGAAGAUCACUGUGUGGAUGGCUGCUUUUGUCCACCUGGAACUGUUUAUGAUGACAUCAACAGCAAAAACUGCAUCCCCUUUGAGCAAUGUUCCUGCAUUUAUAAUGGCGAAUCCUAUGCUCCAGGGAUGACAUAUUCAGUUCCAUGCCGUUCCUGUUUCUGCAGCGGGGGUAAGUGGAACUGCACAGAGCUUCCCUGUCCUGGUAUUUGCUCAAUAGGAGGAUCACAUAUCUCUACCUAUGAUGAAAUACAGUAUAAUUUCCAUGGAAGCUGUACUUAUAUUCUAUCCAAGAUUUGUGAAGAAGAAGCCUUUACUAUUCUCGGAGAACUUGGCCCAUGUGGCUUGACAGAGACUGAGACCUGCUUAAAAAUGGUGGCUGUUAGCAUCAAUGGCGGACAGACUACUGUUGUGAUCAACCGUGAUGGUGCUGUAUAUGUGAACUGGAUGUAUACUCAGCUGCCUGUCUCAGUGGCUAAUAUACUGAUAUUCAAGCCUUCAACUUCCUACAUCAUUCUGGCAACACAUUUUGGCCUUCAGCUAGCGAUCCAGAUGAUUCCCAUGAUGUGUGUAGAUAUUUAUCUGAAUCCAUCUUUCCAAGGGAGGACCUGUGGCCUCUGUGGCAACUUUAACCACCUCCAGACAGAUGACUUCAAAACCCUAACUGGACUGACAGAAGGAACAGCACCUGCAUUUGCUAAUACCUGGAAAACUCAGGCUGAUUGUGUCAACAUCAAGCAGAAUUUUAAGGACCCUUGCACCCUGAGCAUUGAAAAUGAAAAAUAUGCCCGUCACUGGUGUGGACUCCUGACUGAUCCUGAAGGACCUUUUGCUAAAUGCCAUCUCAUAGUGAAUCCAAAGACUUAUCAUACGAACUGUAUGUUUGACACCUGCACUUGUGAGAGAAGUGAGGAUUGCCUGUGUGCUGCCCUCUCUUCGUAUGUCAGAGCCUGCACAGCCAAGGGAAUUGAACUUCCAGAAUGGAGAACCAACGUCUGUUCCAAAUACACUUCAUGUCCCAAAUCUCAGAAUUAUAGCUAUCGAAUUAGCUCUUGUCAAUCUACUUGCCGAUCACUGAGUGAACCUGAUAUUACCUGCAGUAUCAAAUUUGUCCCAGUUGAUGGCUGUACAUGUGAAAAUGGAACUUACAUGGAUGAUUUUGGAAAAUGUGUGCCUGCUAACAAAUGUCCCUGUUAUUACAAAGGAACAGCCAUACUCUCUGGUGAAGUUCACCAUGAGUUUGGCGUUGUAUGCACUUGUAAUCAAGGAAAACUAAACUGCAUUGGUAAUGGAGAUUCCAAGCCAGUUUGUAGCACUCCAAUGGUUUACUUUGACUGCAGAAAUGCCACUGUUGGCAGCAAAGGGGCUGAAUGCCAGAAGAGCUGUCACACUCUUGAUAUGCAUUGUUACAGCCCCCAAUGUGUCUCUGGUUGCCUAUGUCCAGAUGGGCUAGUGUCAGAUGGGAAAGGAGGCUGUAUUCCUGUGGAAGAGUGCCCAUGUAUUCACAAUGAAGCCACGUAUCAGCCUGGAGAAAAGAUCAAAGUUGACUGUAACACUUGUGUAUGUAAGAACAGGAUGUGGAAAUGUACCAUGGAGACAUGCCUAGCAACCUGUGCUAUUUAUGGAGAUGGGCAUUAUAUCACCUUUGAUGACAAGCGUUAUAUUUUCAAUGGGAAAUGUGAAUAUACACUAAUACAGGAUUAUUGUGGCCAGAACAGUUCCACCCAGGGGUCAUUCCGAAUCAUCAGUGAAAAUGUUCCUUGCGGCACCACUGGCACCACUUGUUCUAAAACUAUUAAAGUGUUCUGGGAAAACUAUGAACUAAUACUUACUGAGGAGCACUAUGAAGUGGUAAAAAGAGGGAAUGGAGGUCAGCUACCAUUUCAGAUUCGCCAUAUGGGCAACUACUUGGUGACGGAGACUGUCAAAGGACUAAUUAUCUUAUGGGACAAGAAAUCAAGCAUAUCUAUCAAACUCAGUGCAGAUUUCAAGGGUGAGGUCUGUGGGCUAUGUGGGAACUAUGAUGGAAAUGGGAUUAAUGACUUUACAACUCGGAGUCGGUCUGUAGUAGGCGAUGUGCUGGAGUUUGGAAACAGUUGGAAGGUAUCACCCACAUGUCCCGAUGCCAAAUGCAUCAAGGAUCCUUGCUCCAAGAAUCCUUACAGGAAAGCCUGGUCACAGAAGCAGUGCAGCAUCAUCAACAGUGAAGUCUUUGCUGCCUGCCACUCUCAGGUGGAACCAACUAAAUACUAUGAAGCAUGUGUGACUGAUGCCUGUGCUUGUGACACUGGGGGAGACUGUGAAUGCUUCUGUACAGCUGUAGCUGCAUAUGCUCAAGUAUGUAGUGAACAUGGAGUAUGUGUAUCAUGGAGAACACCAUCCAUCUGCCCCAUGUUUUGUGACUAUUACAAUAUCGGAGAUGAAUGUGAAUGGCACUACAAGCCCUGUGGAGCCCCAUGCAUGAAGACAUGUAGGAAUCCAAGUGGGAAGUGCAUUUAUCAAUUGCCUGGCUUGGAAGGCUGCUAUCCAUACUGCCCAGCAGAUAAGCCUUAUUUCAGUGAGGAAGAGCUGAAAUGUGUUAACACUUGUGGCUGUUACGAUGCUGAGGGUAACUAUCAUCCAUUAGAAGAAACCUUUAGUUCAGGAGAGAUGUGUCAGUCAUGUAAAUGUACCAACAAAGGCAUUAGGUGUGACUACGAUCCUAAAGCUUGCUACUGCUACUAUGAAGGAAAGAAGUAUAACUACAAGGAAGUCAUUUACAAUACUACCGAUGGCUUGGGCUCAUGUAUGACUGCAAUUUGCGAAGUCAAUGGGACAAUCAAGAGAGAAGUCUACGGCUGUGCUGGAUUAACCACAAAACGACCAUUUGAAUUCACAGUGUCAACACCAAAUGGAACAGAAUCAACUUCAUCAGGAACAACGACGUGUGUGCAUAAAAUUUGUGAAUGGAUGGGGUGGUAUGAUGUUAGCUACCCAUCAUAUGGACCAACCAAUGGAGAUUAUGAAACUCCAGAAAACAUAAGAGCCAAAGGACAUAAUCUUUGCAAACAUCCAGAUAAAGUGGAAUGCAGAGCAAAAGAAUUUCCCAGGGAAACAUUGCAUUCUCUCAGACAAAAUGUAGUAUGCACCACAGCUGAUGGCUUGAUCUGCAAUAACAAUGAUCAGUUUCCACCAAUCUGCUACAAUUAUGAGGUCAGAUUCUUCUGCUGCAAUUUUGAACCAUGUGGUCCCUUGACAUCAAUGCCUAUUACUACCACCACUGCAGGAACAACAACAGUCCCUGAAACAACUUCACUGCAUUAUAUACCUACAUCUAGCACUCCAGUUGCUAUUAUCACCACUCCUCCUACUUCCCAGCCUUCCACACUAAUUUCGAUGCAGCCCACUUCUACAUCAUGCAUUCCUAUAUGUAAGUGGACCCAAUGGUUUGAUGACCACAAUCCAAACACAAGCCCAGACGGUGAUUUUGAGCUCUAUGCAAACAUACGAGCACGUGGACUGGUUUGUGAGCAUCCCCAAGACAUCAAAUGCCAAGCAAAGGACUAUGCAAACACUAAAAAUCCUCCCCCUCAGCAGCAUUUCCAGUGCAACGUAGAGGUUGGACUUGCGUGCAGACAUUCAGAGCAGAAAAAGAAACCAAACAAAUGUAUCAACUACGAGGUAAAAUUCCUAUGUUGUGAUUACAGUCAUUGCCAUACAGUCACAACACCAGCAGCUUCCAAAACUACACCAGCCAAAAUUCUGUACACUUCCACAACAUCUACUGGCACCACCACACCACACCCAAUCUCAACCACCAGCAAAAGCACCACCCUGGUACCCACGAGUGCAGAAGUAACAACAGGAAAGCAAACAACCACAACCCUUUCCACUACACCGUCAACACUUGUGUCUACAAGUGCAGGAGUAACAACAGGAAAGCAAACCACCACAACCCUUUCCACUACACAGUCAACACUUCCAGCCACAUCUGGAAUGGUCUCUACUAUAUUGACCACCAGCCAAAGCACCACCCUGGUAUCCACAAGUACAGAAGUAACAACAGGAGAGCAAACCACCACAACCCUUUCUACUCCACCAUCAACCCUUCCAGUCACCUCUGGAAUGGUCUCUACUACAUCAACCACCAGCCUAAGCACCAUCCUGGUGUCCACAAGUGCAGGAGUAACAACAGGAAAGCAAACCACCACAACCCUUUCUACACCACUGUCAACACUUGUGUCCACAAGCACAGGAGCAACAACAGGAAAGCAAACCACCACAACACUUUCUACUCCACCAUCAACACUUCCAGUCACCUCUGGAAUGGUCUCUACUACAUCAACCACCAGCCUAAGCACCAUCAUGGUGUCCACAAGUGCAGGAGUAACAACAGGAAAGCAAACCACCACAACCCUUUCUCCUCCACCAUCAACCCUUCCAGUCACCUCUGGAAUGGUCUCUACUACAUCAACCACCAGCCUAAGCACCAUCAUGGUGUCCACAAGUGCAGGAGUAACAACAGGAAAGCAAACCACCACAACCCUUUCUCCUCCACCAUCAACCCUUGUUUCCACGAGUGCUGGGCUGGUAUCAGGUUCCACACUAGGAACCACUUUAAGCAGAACAACUCCAUGUUUCUGCCAUGUAUCUGGAACUCCUGAUACUUUAUUUUCUCCUGGAGAAGUAAUAUAUAAUAGAACUGAUAGUUCUGGAUGUAGUUUUACUGCAAUAUGUGACACAAAUUGUGAAAUUAAGAGGUAUCCAGUAUUGUGUCCUACAACAACUUCCCAUCCAUCAACAUCAUCAGUUAUAACCUCAGGAACCUUAUCUACUCUCAGUUCCACAACUUCUGUUCCAUCAACCAAACUACACACUUCUUCAGCUGCCCCAACUACAAAAGUCAUUGUCUCAACUCCUGUAUCAGGUUGCCCUUAUGCUGAUCCACCUAGAAAGAUUAAUGAAACAUGGAUGUUUAAUAACUGCACUAAGGCAACAUGUGAGGGGAACAACCGAAUUGUUAUGGUGCCACUCCCACAAGCUGAGAAGAUAAACUGUGCCAGUGGACUCCAACCAAGAAAAAUAGUAGAUGCGGACGGCUGUAUAGAACGCUAUGAGUGUGAAUGUAUCUGUAUCGGUUGGGACCAUUCUAACUAUAUGACUUUUGAUGGCACUCCUUACACUUUCCAUGGCAAUUGCACUUAUAUCUUGGUGAAAGAGAUUGUGAAUAAACAUGGAAACCUCCGUAUUUUGCUUGACAAUUCCUUCUGUGAUGUAGCUAGUAAUCAAUCCUGUUCCAGAUCCCUGCUUGUAUAUUACAACUCUAUGGAAGUCAUACUAAGUAGUCAAGUACAUGAAGGAGUGAGAACUAACAAGGUUUUUUUCAGCAAUGAGUCAGUCACAGGGGGCUUUGCCAAAGAUGGCAUUUUGGUUACUAGUGCUGGAACUGUCAUGACUGUUGAAAUUCCUGCCCUCAGUGCUUUUGUUAUCUUCAACGGCUUCAUCUUCUCUGUUAUACUUCCGAAUGCCCUCUUUCAACACAACACAGAGGGACAGUGUGGGCUUUGUUCAAAUGACCGAUCAGAUGAUUGUCGCUUGCCCAAUGGUCAUGAAGCUGUCUCCUGCUCAGACAUGGCUACCCACUGGAAAGUUAAUGAUAUCAAUAAGCCCUCCUGUCAGCUGGAGCCAACAACAAGCCCUCCAGUGACCACAACAGUGCCAACAACAAAACCUUUGGUGACCACAUUAUCACCAAUAACAACGCCCUGCAGCAACCCAUCAUCUUUGUGCAAGAUGAUUAUAAGCGAUAUUUUUGCAGAUUGCCAUAAAGUUCUGCCUCCAAGAGAAUUCUAUGAAAACUGCCUCCAUGAAUCAUGUCAGGCUUCCAAUGACUCCUUGAUUUGCACCUAUGUCUACAUGUAUGCCUCCCUCUGCACAGCUAAAGGGGUUUGUAUUGACUGGAGGAACAGAACUCAAGGAAAAUGCCCCUAUCAUUGCCCCAAAGACAAGGUGUAUUCUGCUUGUGCUCCUCUUCAUCCACGAACCUGUGAUAAUGGACUAACACACAACAUUGGUCAGCGUUUUGCUGAAGGAUGUGUUUGUCCAAAAGACAAAAUCAUGUUCAAUUCUUACACUGACCUCUGUGUUUCAGAAUGUGGUUGUGUGGGACCAGAUGGAUUACCAAAACUGCCUGGUACCAAAUGGAAGAGCAACUGUCAAGAAUGUCUCUGUGACCCUUUGUCUAUAAGUGUACAGUGUAAGCCACAGAGCUGCCCAUCUACAACCCACAGUUGUAAGAAUGAAGGAUUUAUGCCUCUCCCUGUGCUAAACCCAGAAGAUUCAUGCUGCCCAGAAAUCCAGUGCAUAUGCAAUACUAAUCUGUGCUCCAAGGAAAAGAAAACUUGUGAACCUGGAUACCACCUAGCCUCAGUCUUUUUUGAAGGAGAGUGCUGUGUCAACUUUACAUGUGAACCAAUGGAAAAAGUCUGUGUGGUCAAUGGAACAGUUUAUGAGCCUGGAAUGACUAUUCCUAGUAAAUCCUGUGAAAAGUGCAUCUGUAGUUCUGUAAAGGACCCCGCUUCCAAGGGAAAUCUUGUGGAAUGUAAGCCAAGUACCUGCGACAUAGAUUGUCCAAAGGGUUAUGAGUGCCAAGUAAAAGCUGAUCAGUGUUGUGGGACGUGCAUCCAAGUGGCUUGCAUCAUCAACAUUAAUGGCACUGCUGAGAUACUGAAGCCUGGGCAGACAGAAGCUAGCAAUUGUAGCCAGUACAGAUGUGAGCCAAGGAACAAUGCACUGGUUUUGGUUGAGACUGAAGAAAUAUGCCCUUUCUUUGACCCAGAUUGUAAUCCUGAUCGAAUUGAAUGGACUCUAGAUGGCUGCUGCAAGAUAUGCAAAGAGACACAAAACUGCAAGCCACACAAAAAUCAGACUCUAAUUCAUGAAAAUGAAUGUGUAUCUUCUGAAACUGUAGAAUUGACCUACUGUGAAGGAACUUGCCCAAGUUCUUCAGUAUAUUCCCAAAAGACAAAGACAUUUCAGCGUAAGUGUAAGUGUUGCCAGGAGUCCAAGAGCCAUAGAAAAGAAGUAACCUUGAAAUGUCUGGAUGGCAAAACCAUCAAUUAUGACUACAUGUAUGUGGAUGAGUGUAAGUGCACUACUGCAUGCACCUAAGAAGCCACAACCAGCUAGAAGAAGAAUAAUUUUCAUUUUCCUUUGUCCAAGAUAAACCCAACAAAGAUCACUCAGUCAUCAUCCAGUUCUACUUUGGAUCCCUGUGUCCUUGAACUGAUGU